AUGUCGACGCCCUCAACAGCCACUGCGACCCUCCCUCCCCAUCAUCAGUUCUAUUCUCACCAUCAGGCAUAUCAACCAAACAUCUCAAAUUCUCAACUCACCAAUGGCUCCUCUCGAAUAGGCAAUUCGCUGUACAACGGCUACCCUAAUACCUCGUCCAAUACCAACACCAACAACACCAACAACACCACAACCGCAACCUCCUCUGCCUCAAACACCGAGAUGCGUCGAACCGCGACCGCACACACGCGCCAGCCGCCCCAACUCCCUCCUCUCACACCCACAAAUACAUCUGGCCCGGAGACAAACUUGGAUUCGGGCCAUUCCGCUACUGGGCGAAAGCGGAACCCCGACUGGGCAAACUUCUACAAGAAUGGCCUGCCCAAAGAGGUCAUCGUCAUCGACGACGACGACGACGAGGAGGCUGACGAUGAGGGUGACCAUGCAUCUCGUCACCCUCCGCGACCAGCCCAGUCCGGGACCGCGAGGACGGCCACCAACGGCGCCCAGCGACACGCCGAUAAGAAGCGCAAGACCACCGCGUCCACCGCCUACGAUCCCGUCUACAAUCAACACACUUCGUAUUCAACGACCCAAACGCCUUACUACUCGCCUAAUGAUUCACGAUCGACCGACAGGACAUCUGCCCUCAACACGACGGCGCCCACUUCGCUGGGCUCGACGGCCGGCAGCGGCGGCCAUAUCUCUCCACUCGACACCACUGCCGUUGGCCAGAAGCGAAAACGCACUCGGGCGGCUGCACAGGACGAGGCCAAAGAGGCCAAGCGACGGGAACUCGACCAUAGCGAUGAUCCAUUCAGCCUCUAUCAACCACCUCCGAAUCCUGUCGUGAAGGCCAAGGAUGUCUACGUCCAAGUCGUCCCAGACGUAAGGAAACCAAACGCGACUGUCCAUUCCGCGCAAGCACUGACCGCAAUCCAGAAGUCGUAUAUGAAGGAUCAGAAAGUCGACGACGAAGAUGGUCACUACAUUGUGGUGCCCGAGGCUGACCUCACCGAGCGAUAUUCGAUAUUGAAGUUACUCGGCCAGGGUACCUUCGGCAAGGUCGUCGAGGCCUGGGACAAGAAGAAGCAGACAAAGUGUGCCAUCAAGGUCAUCCGAUCGGUUCCGAAGUACCGCGAUGCCUCACGCAUUGAAUUGCGAGUACUCUCCACCCUCGCAUCCAACGACAAGCACAAUAUCAACCGAUGUAUCCAUCUUCGGGACUGCUUCGACUUUAGGAAUCACAUCUGCAUCGUGACCGAUCUCUAUGGCCAGAGCGUGUUCGACUUCCUCAAAUCAAACGGCUUCGUGCCGUUCCCCAGUUCUCACAUCCAAAAGUUUGCAAAGCAGCUGUUCACCAGCGUAGCCUUCUUGCACGAUCUCAACCUCAUCCACACUGAUCUGAAGCCAGAGAACAUCUUGCUCGUCAACAACAACUACCAAACCUUCACGUACAACCGCACAGUGCCCUCCUCUUCCACGGCCACGAACCGAACGGCAAGACACCGAAAGGUCUUGCUGGAUCCGGAGAUCCGAUUGAUCGAUUUCGGCUCAGCCACCUUCAACGACGAAUACCACUCGUCGGUCGUCUCCACUCGACACUACCGCGCACCCGAGAUCAUCCUCAAUCUAGGUUGGAGCUUUCCCUGUGACAUCUGGAGCAUAGGGUGUAUACUGGUCGAGUUCUUCACCGGAGACGCCCUCUUCCAGACGCACGACAACCUAGAGCACCUAGCCAUGAUGGAAGCAGUGUGUGGGGGUAAGCUGGACCGCGAGAUCAUCCGCCAGGUCUACAAGAACGACCGUGCGUCUUCUCGUGCCUCGGCUUCAUCUUACUUCAAGAACCAGAAGUUGGACUAUCCCAAUGCCGAGACACCGAAGGCGUCGAAGAAAUAUGUCAAGGCCAUGAAGAAGUUGAACGAAACCAUCCCGCCCCACACCCCGUUCAACCGACAGUUCCUCGACCUACUACGCCGGAUAUUCGUUUACGACCCCAAGAAGCGCAUCACAGCAAAGGAAGCGCUCCAGCACCCAUGGUUCAAGGAAUCGCUCAUGGACGACGGCACGGAGGCACACAAGAUCCGAAUGGAGCGGGAGAAGAAGCGGUUGCGUCAGGAGGAAGACCGCCGGUACCGAGACCGGGGCUACUGAACGCACGGGGGGAGGUUGCGACCAUGUAACGCAUGUUACAUUGUUCCUAUCUGUUUUUUUCCACACACUCAUGAACCGCCGCCACUGAGAGCGCGUUUGCCCGCCCAUCAAUCGUGGCGCUGACGGACGGACUGGGUGGUCUGGCGGUCUACUUCACAUAUUGUUAUUUUCUAUUUUUGCAUUUACGAAAGGGCGGUUAUUACGAUGCAUGCAGGAGUAGGACUCGAACGAGCAUGGGUUCCCUCCACACUCACAUACACACACAACAACAACAUCCACAAAGCCUUACGCGCGGACGAACGAACGGAGGCUGCCACUGUUAUAUUGGUUUAUGUGCUUCUUUUUCUUCUACUCAUCUCAUCUUCCCCUCGUACAAACUCUACGUUUCCCCCCAG